CAGGUCCGCAUGGUGCAAUGGUAUCCGGGCCACAUCGCCCGAGCCGAGAGACAACUCAAAGCCCAGCUCGGAAUGGUGGAUGUGGUGUUGGAGGUUCGCGACGCCCGCAUCCCCAUCUCCACACACCACCCGCAGAUCGCCCAGUGGGUGGGAGUCAAGCCGCGUCUGCUGCUCAUGAACCGGGCAGACGAGGUUUCGGAGCGCGAUCUGGCGGCUUGGAGAGCGCACUUCCGUGCCACGCGGCAGCAAGUGUUUUGGACGGACGGGCGAAGCGGCGACGGGGUCCGGGGUGUGAAGAAGGAGCUGCUCAAGGUCGCCGCCCAGCUCAAUGCCAAACGAGCCAAGCGCGGUCUACAGCCCCGACCCGUCCGCGCCUGCGUCAUUGGGUUUCCAAACAUCGGCAAGUCCGCAAUCAUCAACCGCCUCGUCAACCGCCGCGCCGUCGCCUCCGCGCCGAAACCAGGCGUUACACGGCAGCUUCGUUGGGUACGAGUGGACGAGCAGCUCGACCUUCUGGACGCCCCUGGAGUGAUUCCGGCUUCUUUCCGAGAUCAGUUGGCGGCGCAACGUUUGGCGAUGUGUAACGACAUCGGUGAGGCGGCGUACUUGGCGUCGGCGGUGGCGGCGGCGCUGGUUCUAAGGAUCAAACAGCUGGCGGCUGGGGAGAGCGCUGCCGCCGCCGCCACCGCCGCCGCCGCCGCCGCUACCGCCGCCGCCGAUCUCGCUACACCCGCGGGUAAGGACUUCGUGGUGGCGCUGGCUGUACGGCAGUACGGCGGUGACGUAGAGCGUGCGGGUGUACGGCUGCUGACGGACUAUCGAUCGGGUGCUCUGGGCAGAUUCGCUUUAGAGCUGCCUCCG